CCUACAUAUUAACUUAAAUUUGAAAAUAGAUAAAUAACAAAAAAUAUAUUGACAAGAAAUCAUUAAAUCCAUGAUUUGACACACUUCAAAAAGUUAUCAAAGUAGAAACAAUUUAGGGCGUGUCAUGAACUUUAAAAACUUUUGGCCAAUGAGCAAGGAGUAGAUAUUCUCUGCAACAUAUGGAAAAUAUUAAAACUCGAGGUGGGGCUGGGAUGAAUGAAACCAGUAGUGGGAUCUAGAUGUCACCACCAUGUACCCAUCACUUAGAUGGGUCUUUGGGGAAGUUUUCAGCGGAAAGGGACCCCCACCUCGUCCCGUCAUCUUCAUUAUCAUCACAUGGAACAUCAUUAUGCACCCACGUAGAACAUCAUGGUCGAAGAUCCUCAUUGUAUUAUUCAUACUCUGUCUAUUCAGCGUCGUCCCUCUGGCUAUUUUGAGUUAUACAAACAAGCCGACUUUCUCUGACGGGAACUAUGAUUUCAUUAGAGAUGAGGGGCGUCAUAUAAGAAUCAGUGGUCAGCAUGCAUAUAACUUUGACAGCAUUAUUAACCAAGAUGCAGCUGUAACACAGUGGAGUUUUAGUCAAAUAGAUGGUGGUCAGCGUGAUGGGUUACCAAAGCCAAAAUGUCCUGCGGAGUUGUUGUUACUAAUUUUAGUGACUUCAUCCCCAGAGAAUAAGGAAAUUCGUAACACAAUACGUAAUACUUGGGCUAGUAUCCAAGGCAGCCCCGGUCAUAAAUAUAAGACAGUAUUUCUAAUCGGUGAAACACCUGAUUAUGAUCUUAAUAUUGCAGUCAAUCGUGAAAUUCAAACUUACGGUGAUAUUGUUAAAGGUGCCUAUUUGGAUACUUACAGGAACUUAACGUACAAGGUGCUUCAUGGCUUCCAUUGGGCUUCCACGUCCUGUCUGUCUCAAUAUUAUUUGAAAACUGAUGACGAUUGUUUCAUAAACACAAUGUACUUACCAAAGUUCUUGGUCAGUCAUAAUAAGAAAUCCGAAAAACUAUAUGUUGGAAAUGUAUUCAGUGAGAAACAAAAACGCCAAGUGAUACGAAAUACAGAUAAUCGUUGGUAUGUUCCCAAGUCACACUAUGCACCAGAUUAUUACCCUAAAUAUGCAAGUGGUACAGGGUAUAUCACAUCACAUGACGUGCUACAUGAUAUCAUUGAAACUAGUCAAACUGUCCCACCAUUUCCCAAUGAAGAUGCUUAUAUUGGGGUUUUAGUGGAUAAAAUCAACAUAUCCCCGAUGAAUAGUUUCCGAUUCACGUUCCAUAAUACCAAAUGGUCGACGUGUAAUUUCAGAUAUUUGUUCCAAGUGCACCAAGUGAAUUCUACUCAACUUAUGGAAAUGUUUAACAUGGUGAAAAAGUCACAAACUAUGUGUGGAAAUGAGAAACUGAUCACGUCAUGGAAUUAAGUGAACUUUUAGUGUAUGUUUUGUACAAUACAAUGUACAUGUAUACUGCACCCCAGUGAUUACAACUGAUCAAUAUGAAUCAUAUUAUUAGAUUCAUAUUACUAUAGCAAUACCAUAUGAAUGCAUUUUCCUAGUAUUUCAAAACUUCUAUAUUAACUGUGCACAUACUUGGAAACAUCAUACAAGAAUUCAGUAAAAAAAAACAUUGACUCUAAAUCCAAGUUACAUAUUAAAAGAUUCCUUCCCAAUUGAAGACUGAUUAUGAUGUUUCAAGUAAAUGCACUGUUUUAAUAGGGCAGCCUCAGGUUCUAACAAUAUUGUUAAGCCAUAUAUGAAGAAUUUUUGAUAAAUUGGUUUAUUGUUGAAUUAUUUUUUUGUUAUUAAAAUUAUAAUACAUGUAGCAAUUAUGUCAAGAGAGAUUAUGGAAUCAUUUGAUUCAUGUUUAAGGUACAUGUA